AUGUCGUUGAAUCAACUAAGUCCAAUUGCUCAAGAGGAACUUGAGACCAGAACCACUACUAGACCACCAAAGUUGAAAGGGGUUGAAGACUUCAGCACUUGGAAGACUCGCAUUCAAUCGUUCUUCGAGUACACGGACUACAAUCUGUGGCUCUCUGUCACCGCUGGACCUCACAUUCCAACGGUUGUUCGAGGAGAUGCGGUAGUUGCUAACAACGAUGCAACCACCUUCACUGAUGAAGACAAGGCUCUAAUCCAACGUGAUCGACGUGCUCAUGCUGCCUUAACCAUGGCACUGUCAACUGGUGACUGUAACAUGUUUGAAGAACACCGAACUGCAAAUGCACUCUGGAAUGCAUUGAUUGAGUAUUAUGAGGGAAAUGAAGAGCUGAUCGAAAGCAAGAGAGACAUGGUGCAGAAACAAUAUGACAUGUUUUGUGGAGUUCGUGGAGAAAGUCUUUCCGAUCACAUCAGUCGCUUUCUGAAUAUGAUGACCAAAAUGAAGAAGGUGGGAAAUCCUGUCACAAACCGUGCUGCAAUAAAGAAGCUGCUAGAUUCACUCCCCAAGGAAUGGAGUCUUCAAUGCAUGAUGAUCAAGAAGGAUUUCCUCAACAACCCAAAUCCCGUCACUUUGUCCGACUUAAUUAACACCCUAAGAGCCUUUGAAAUGGAUGUCAACAAACGAGAAAUGAACACUGCUGGUUACCCACCAAAGUCAACUCAAACUUCUGCUGGAUUGAAGAAUGUGGCAUUUCUUGCUUCAGGUGGCAUCAGUCCACAAGCUUCUGACUUAAUUUACGCGAACGCUUCCGCAAGCGCAUCAAAAACUCCACAACCUAGUGAGAAAACCAUCACGGUUGGUGAUACACAAGCGUUGAAGGUGUCGACUGAAAACGUGGCACUUUUCAACAUGUUUCUGAGCAGCUAUGAAGCUUUGAUGUCUGGAGAAUUGAAGAAGGAGAUGUUCACUGCUGAAGACAUGUAUCAGAAAUUUCAAGACAAAACAAGAAAGCGUUUGGGUCUUGGAAAAGCUGGUUUUGAUAAACCCAAACUAAGAUGCUACAACUGUAAGAAUCUGGGCCAUUUCAAGCGUGACUGCCCCUUGUUGAAAGAAGGAAACAUUGAAUCAACUCCUGCUGUAAAACAAAUCACCGUUGAAGAAAAUAAGAACAACGCGUCUCCUAGCACGCCAAAAGCUUUAGUCGUCGAAGACUAUGAUUGGAGUGAAGAAAUUGCUGAAGCUAAGGAGCAAGUCAACAAAGCUCUCAUGGCAAAGAUUUCAAGCGAUUCCUCAUCGAAGCAGUUCGAGAAACAGACAGCUGGAAUUCCAAAAGGAGACUAUACGGCUGACAAAGGUCUGAAAAGCAUUCUCACCUCCAUAGAGCCUGAGAAAGAAAAGAAGUCUGGAGAAGCAAAGGAGCAUGGGUCUGAAGAGGCAUCUGAUCAGAAGAAGGGCAAAGAAAAGGUCCCAGCUGCAACUAUGAAAACAGAAACUUCAAAAGAAAAAGCUGACAAAGACUUGGUAAACAAUCCAAUUGUGUGUAAAGAAGAUGUGUGCGAUGAGGAUGGAGACUGCGGCAGUUCAAAAAUAGGAAUCGGAUAUUCAGGCGACAGUUAUUCCACCGUUAACUGGUUCGCCUGGAACUGUUCUAGGAGAAACAAUAUUCAGGAUGAAUCUGUUUGUGAAUCUCCUGUAUUUGUGCCAGAAUUGAAAAAGAAUAGCUUUGGAAAAUUCCUCACAGAGGAAAUUCCAGAAUUUAUUCCAUCUCGAACAGAUGGUGAAAGUCUCGAAUUCUUGAGUGAAGAAACCCCGAAAACCUCAAGUGAAGAUCUGAAUACAAAUGAUGAAAGCUCCGAGUGUUCAAGUGUUGAAACAAUCGAAGACCAAGACUCAGAAAGUUCAAGUGAAGAUCAAAGCUACAAUGAGUCAAGUUACGAAGCAAGUGAAGAGCGAAGCUCAAGCGAGGACAACACGUCUGAAAGUUCAUCUGAUUCAGACAGUGAUGAAAAAUGUUCAGAAGAUGAAAGCAGAAAUAAGCUACAGAAAUGGCUCCGUAUGCUUAUGGAGUACAUCUGGCAUGUCGACAACGGAUGCUCAAGACACAUGACUGGAUUGAAGGAACUUCUGAAGAAAUUUCGUUUCAUCGAUGGUGAUUUCGUGUCUUUCGCUAGAGACGAGAAAGGAGGGAAGAUCGUUGGAGUAGGAGAUGUGGUGUCUGAAGCCCCACAUUGGAAAAUGUCAACUAUGUUCCAGAAUUGUGCUACAAUCUCAUGA